AUUGCUACUGUUGGACAUCUAUUACCAUGGAAUUCAUAUUCUUGAGUUUCUGUAGAAGAAUUAAAUGAUGAAGGGUAAACUUCUCCAUUAAUUCACAAACGAAUUCAACUUAGUAGAAUAGAAAGUCUUCCGAUUUGGAAUUCACAAAAAAGUAACGCGCGAAAUCUCAGACACGAAGCGUGAGCAUAAAAAAACAUUCCAAUUAAAUGACAUCGAAAUCCCACGAAAAGAGAGCUCUGUGUAAACAAAACGAAAUCAUGCACUUUAGCAGCUACCAACAAUUCUGAUACGAGCAAAGUUGCCCGCAAGGACAACAAACUGAAUAACAAAGUUCAAGUUUCUGUCAUUGUGUAGUGUAGGGUGGAAAAUGUGUGUAUUGAAUAUUUGGUCAAGGUUUUCUAGUGUGAUAACAAAAUUUUGUAGACUAUUUACAAGUAAUUGUCAUUCUUUAGGGUCGAUUUGAGGCAACAUUAUCAUUCCUCGCAUGUUCUCUUAGUCAGUAGUAUGACCUUCAAGUAUUAUACAACAAGUAUUUUGAAGCGGUGGCUUAUAACACUGUUAUAGACGUUUCUAUCUACGGUCAGUCGAGUACGCGUGUCACAUCGUCGUACGGUCGAGCCACGUUUCAUUGCAGGGCGGUUUCAUUUAACACAGCCAAGGGACUUUUGUUAAAUCAGACGCUAAGAGGGAAAAAAAGAGGACGUUGUUAGUCGGAAUAGGAAAAUACAAUUUAUCUCGACUCAAAAAGCUCCUUAUCUACCAGCACAUCAGUGCCAAAUAUCAUGGCAUAUUUCUCACCAUUCCAUGCAUUUUCAUAUCCAACAUUAAAUGCAACAUCUGUCUACAGUGGAUUUUUCACUAAUGAUAUCAUGUUUUCUGGUGCUUAAUUUUCCGAGAGUGACAAUGCUGGUAGUUUGCACAAGCUUGCCCGGUAACUGAAGAAAAAGUCUAGCCAACAUAAACGUCACUUUGACGUCAUUAAACGCGGAAGAAGGUGUCACGAGGUGCCAGGUUUAAGCGGUCAAGUUUUGUUGCUUGUAUUUUACUUGUAGGAAACAAGCCAAUUUCUUUGCAAAUUUCUGCACGUUUUCGGGAGUGAUUUAAAAUUAAUUAAGCCACAAAGAAUUCUGAGCAGUUUCUAAAUAUGUCCAUUCGCGAAUUUAAUUGAUUUGCGAUCCUGUCUGCUCUCAGAUUACACAUUAUUUGCCUGCGGUUUGUUUGUGACUCCUUUGUUCUGUACGUAUAACGUUUCAUAGCCUUUCAGUGUUUUUCCCGUCGUCGAAUUACCACUUGCCAAAAAUACGGUGAUGACCAGCUGAUAUUUUUUUAACAAACCCUAUAAAUACAGGAUGCAACGCUUUACCGCGUUAAUAUCCGACCUCGCAAGUCAACGAGAUACGUGAGACCUAGUAACAGAGCUACAGUAGAGUGGUUUGUUUUGUCAAUCGUGGCGUCGUUAUUUCGCGCCCUUACCCCCACAAGCAUGAAAGCAAAAAUCAAGAAGCAAGGUGAGAAAUGGCGACAUUCGGUGGAUACGCUACCGCUUCCCCGAAACAUUUUUAACGUGGUUGUCUUGGGAGCAGGUGGUGUAGGAAAGACAUCCCUGGUCACGCGCUUUGUGAAGAACGAGUUCUCGGAUCACUACAAUCCAACGGUGGAGGAUUUGUACGAGAAACCCAUCCACUUAAGAAGAGGUGUUAGUGCCAUGCUGCAAGUGUUAGACACGGCGGGAUCUUAUCAAUUCCCCGCCAUGAAAAGACUGACAUUACAGUACGGAGAAGCGUUCAUUCUCGUUUACUCGGUAAAAGACCCUGCUUCGCUUGACGAGGCACUGAAACUGCAGCAAGAAAUAUACGAGGCCAAAGGCACCGAAGACGUUCCGAUGGUAUUGGUUGGAAACAAGUGCGAUCUGACGUCAGGAACGGACAAACGCAUUGUUAGCCACGCGAUUGCCUCGACGCUGUCGCGCGGGAAAAACUGUAUAUUAGCCGAGACGUCGGCCAAAUAUGACAUGAACGUUAGUGGCGUUUUCACCGCUUUGAUGGCGCAAAUUGCGCUGGCCCAUAGCAACGUUGUGUCGAGCAAAAAGAGCAAAGGAAAGAAACGGAAUGCGACGGAUUGUGCGGUUUCCUGAAUGGAAGGAAGGUGAACCUCGUUGGAUAACUUGUGAAUUUUGGAGGUAGAGCCACACAAAGAUUUUAGUAUGUGAGAAGAUGGACUUGUUCAUAGCUUAUGCCUCUGAUCCGGAUCCGAUAUCCCGUGUAACAGAACAGAUUGAUUGCUGUAUGAAAGUUGUGCAACCUGUGUCAAAAGGCGAUCACGCCCUUCCUGGCGCCCUCGAUGUGGGCUGCAGAGGAUUAAUGAAUUUAUAUCCAAUAGUCUUUGGAAUGUAAGCUUACUUUUUAUUGGAAAAAAAACAAAAGAACAGUAAAGGACGGGAGACGUUCUAGAAUCAACAAUUUCCGAAAAAAAAAAUCACUCAAAGAUUAUUCAGAAUAAGUGAAAAAAAUUCAGAUUCGUGCAGCGUUAGUACAAUUUUUUGCAGAUUGUUACUUCCGGUGCCCCACGUUAUUAGACCGUGACGGCAUGUUUUAUUCCGGUCUCGGCAAGUCAGUUCAAGUCAGCAUAUUUCUAGAUUUGCUGAGUGUCUGAAACUAUUUUUAUUGGAAAUAUUUAUUGCAUGAUGCAAUUCGUAUGCCCUUUUACUACAUAUGUUUUUAUUUAGAUUUGUACAGUAUUUUAUGUCAUGCAAACUUUUGACACGUGUAAAUAGCUGUAAAUAUAGGCAAUUACAAUUUAAUUUAAGUGGUAUCGCUACGUUGUAACGUUUGUACAUUUUAAAUGAGACAAUAGUAAAUUAAAUUAUAUGAGAGCAAAUGUGUUUCAUUGGUGCUUUGUUUCUUUUUCUUUUUCUGUGGUCUUCCUUUGUUGCGUUACUUCCAAAGAAAGCAAAGGUGUUUUUUCUGUACGAGUAUUGGGGGAGGGGAUAAGAAGAAACAUUGAGUCUUGUCUUUUCUGUCCUUGUCUAUCGUUUAAUAGGUGAUUUUUUUUUUUUUUUAUUAAGAAAUCUCGUGCAUACCUAUUCAUUCUUUUCCAAUCAAUUCGAAAUGUUCUUGGCUAAAACUAACACAAAGAGCGUUGAUUUUUUCCUCUGAUGGGAAGCUUAUCAUUUACUUAUGGGAUGGGAUCGCUCUAAAGGCGCUUGAGAAAAUGAAGGGUGAGAGCCUUAGUCCUGAGGGAAAGACCACAUGUUUGUUAAAGUAAAAAUGGUAAUUAUAUACCCAAAGACCGUACAUAUGAUAAACCAUUUGAAAGGUAUUAUUUUUGAAUCAAAAAGCAUUCAAAACAAAAAAAGAAAAACGUUGAAAAAUAUAUUACUCCUCCUCUAGCUGGGGUAUAUCCCUAGGCUACGGUUUGACGUUAGCAGUGUAACAGGAAAAAGUGGCAAAAAUUUUAGGGAAGGUUUAAUUUAAUCAAGUCUUGUAUUCGAGGAGGUAUGAUUUUUAUGCUUUUAAACGACUGGUGUAUCCAAGACCUUUUUGCUGUUCAAAUUUGAUACAAAUUGAUUACGUAUUGAGCAUGUAAUUGCAUUUUGUGCCGCACGCACGGCCUGAUAUUAUUUUUUCCCACAGUACAGGAAGGGAUUAAUUAUAGGUUACAAUAGUCAAACAUAAUCUAUGUAACCACUUUCACAAGUAAGAUAUCAUGCAAUGCCAAGCCGGUUUUCCCCUUUUCCCUUUUCGAAGAAUGAGAUUCUCUUUUCUCGGAAAGUGGCACGUUACCAUUAAGCCGGAAAUACUCACCUGGAACAAAACUGGGGACUUUUCGAAUCACGGGUCGACCGAUUUGUUUAUAAACUUGCUCGUGACCGGAAGGAAGUACGGCAUUACCGAGAAUUGCACCACCAACAAUCACGCCACUGUCAUUGAUCUUACAAGGCCAAAAGGGACUUUUUUUAAGAAAUAUGAUCAGCCACUGAAUGGUUUUCUUUUAGUUGACGUUUAUUUGGACAGCUUGCUGUGAAAUUGUGAUCUAAAUUUUCUUGCGGAACGAGUAAAGAUUGCGUGACGAGCCACGGAGACCUUUACUAAAAAAUCUCUACCGGCCUUGAAUUGGUUUGUCACGCAACAAUUUUCUUUGUUUUGUAACGUCCAUAAGAACGGCCGUUUAGUGAGCUAGAGUUCCAAUGGUUUUUUUUAGUAUAUCUUUUUGCUUAGUGCUUCAGGUGUCAUAAAUUUUGUGCUUUUAGCUACUGACAACAACAAAUACAGCUUUGACAACCGCCCCGGCUCGUUGUUAUGGGUUGCCACUCAUACUGUUUGUUCCUUUGUUCUCUGU